AGGUAAAAUGGUAGAUAUCGCCGAAGCCAUGCCAACAACCGCCAGCAGUCUACCAUCAGACGAGGCGCUGCGCAAAUUCAAGUGCCCGGAAUGCACAAAAGCGUUCAAAUUCAAGCAUCACCUCAAGGAGCACAUCAGAAUCCAUUCGGGCGAGAAACCUUUCGAGUGCCAACAGUGCCACAAACGCUUCUCGCACUCCGGAUCGUACUCCUCACACAUGAGCUCGAAGAAAUGCGUGCAACAGGCAUCCCCGUCGAUGGUGACCCCAUUCAAUCCAUAUCAGCUGAUGAUGUAUAGGAAUAUUAUGCUCCAAUUGCAAACUCCCCAGGUCUCCUUUCUCCCGUCCACCGCCGCAAACAAUAUGGACUAUAUGAGCCUUCUCCAGGCAAAUUUGUUCCAAUCUUUAGAGAACGGCACCUCGCCAACGCCUACUCAGGAGCCCAGCGCUCCAGCGUCUCCUGAGCCGAAGAUUGAGGUAGUCGAUGAGCCGGAAGUGUCUUCUGAAGUGAAAACGGAGGUCAAGACGGAGGUCAAGACGGAGGACUCGGUGCCAGAGGAAUCGAUAACGCCGGCCGUGUCAAUGUCGUUGUCACCUGCGCCUGAGCAAAACGGAAAUGAGUCGAUGAAUAAUGGAGGCAGCGGAUCCGAUGGGAAGUCGUCGCCGGAUUGGAGGCCGCUGAGGUCUAGAAGCUUUUUGAAUGAUUCACAGGUGGCAGUUCUGCAAAACCACUUCAAACGCAACCCAUUUCCCUCCAAAUACGAGCUCUCCGCCGUGGCCGAGCAGAUUGGCGUCAACAAGCGCGUCGUUCAGGUCUGGUUCCAAAACACUCGAGCCAAAGAACGCCGGAGCAAUCGGCUCCCAAGUAUGCCACGCGGCAGUGUGGCUUCUGCCGCAGCUGCGGCUGCGACUUCACCUACCGUAUGGCAGACGCCUGUACAGUUGAUGGCUGCCUGGGCUUCACAGUUCUCAAAUGGAAACAACAGCUUGACCGCAUCUCAGGACGAGCGCAACAACGAGAAUACGGACGAGGUAAUGGAUCAUGAUGGCCUUAAGGAUGGCAAAGAGACACCACUGGACCUCACGCUAUCCACAGACGACACGGAGCCCGAGUGGAGCCCUGAGAAGCUCAUCGGCUUCCUCGACCAGACUGGUGGAGUGAUCCAGGAGUUGCUGCGGCAGGCUGGAAAUGGAUUCGUGACGAAUCAAGAGGACGAGGAGGAGAAGCCGAUCAAGGCCGAGGAAAGCCCCGUGUCGAGCGGAUCUUCGUCGAUUUGGCCGUCGUUUAUUGGGCAGUACCCAUCGAUUUUGGACUCUGCUAGCUUAUCGGUUUUGGAGAAAGCUCUUGAUCAACAAAAAUCAUCCGAAGACGACGCCUCAUCCCUUUGCUCCAACGAAUCCAAGCUUCUCAAAUUCCCCACGACCCCCCUAAAAGAGGAAGAGGGUCUCUUCUCGUGCGAUCAAUGUGACAAGGUGUUCGGCAAGCAAAGUUCACUGGCUCGACACAAAUACGAACAUUCUGGCCAACGCCCUUAUAAAUGUGACAUCUGCGAGAAGGCGUUCAAGCACAAGCAUCACCUGACCGAGCACAAGCGGCUCCACUCCGGCGAGAAGCCAUUCCAAUGUGACAAAUGCCUGAAGAGAUUCUCCCAUUCUGGAAGUUACAGUCAGCACAUGAACCACCGCUAUUCGUACUGCAAACCGUACCGGGAGCAGCCAGCUUCACCGUCCGACGUUUUGAACGGCGGAAGUGUUACCGUAUCCCCAUCCUCCUCGAAUACCCCACCGCCUUCUACCUAGAGAUCUCAACUUUUCCAACUUUUUUUUUUGAAAUUCUUCCGAAAUAUUGGCUGUGCCAAUAAACGUCUUGCCUUGCAGCUUCCUAUGGUGCUUUUUAUGUACAGUUUAUCAAAUUUUUUCCCUGAAAAUAUAGUCAUCAUUCUCCGUGAUAUGCUUCGCUUUUUCCUUCAACUUAUCUCCUGGCCGGUGCCGUGCUUUCGCUUUUCUCCCCCACCUCACUUUCAAUUCUUUCUUAACCCAAUUUUUAUUUCAACUAGAACAAAAACUACUAGUCAGAUCUUCACAAAAAAUGGUGCAAUUUGAAAUUUCCUUCCCCUACCUUCCGUGCUGGCUCAUUUGGGACCAACUAACUUUCGUGUAACGCAGAUUCCCUUCUCCUUUUUGUUUUGUUUUGUUUAGUUUUGGCUAAAUAAUAUUAAUAAUGAUAAUAAAUUGUUCUUUUUUU